UGAAAACCUCUUACAUUCCCAUAGUCAUCUUAUCCUUGUGCAGAGAGAGAGUUGGUCAAUUCAUAUCCAUCCUCAUAUUAUGUUUCUUUGCAUAUUCUCCCUUAUCAUCUUUCCUUUCAUCGCCUCCAGAUUUUAGAUUAUAAGAUUAUUACACCUUUAUUUAUUUUCCCUCCUUGCCCAUAGUCUUUGACACACACACAACACUUUUCCCAUCCUCUAGAAUCUUCUUUCUCUAUAUAGAUACAUACAUACCAUCUAAUCCAUCAUCAGCAACCAUCUUAAUUAUUGAUUAACAGAACCUCAGCUUUGUUCUAUUCUUAUUCAUCAUAAUCAUCAUAUUCAUAUACAUACAUGCAGUUAUGUAUGUCUGAACUUGAGAGAGAUAUCACCAAGAAUGUCUCCAGUAAUCUGUGAGAUCCUCCUCUCUGGCUUCACAAUCAACUCAACUCUAAGGCGCCGCAGUCAUUUGGUUCAAUCUUUCUCAGUUGUUUUCCUUUACUGGUUCUACGUUUUCUCAUGAACUAGCCCUUCAUUCAUCAUUCAUAAUAUUCCCAGCUUUCUCCUUUUUCAUUUCAAACCAUUUUACCAUCAAAAUUCAAAAUCAAAUAGUUAGUAAUAUAUAUAUAUAUAUAGAUAGAUAGAUAUAUAGUUAUGGCUUCUCCAAUUAGCGGAGGCUAUUCUGGCUCUGGCUCUGGCUCUGGCUCUGAGGGAGAUCCACAGCAGCAUAUAAUGGAUCAAAGGAAGAGGAAGAGAAUGCAAUCGAAUCGGGAAUCGGCGAGGAGAUCGAGGAUGAGGAAGCAGCAGCAUCUUGAUAGCCUGAUUUCCCAGACUGAUGAGCUGAAGAAGGAGAACAGCCAGAUCAGCACAAGCAUAGGGAUUACCACAGAGCUUUAUCUCAACAUAGAAUCUGAGAAUGCAAUCUUGAGGGCUCAGAUGGCUGAACUUUCCAACAGGUUGCAUUCUCUCAAUGACAUCAUCAAUUACAUCAACUCUGUGUCUAGCACCACCACCGGCAACCACCACUUUCUUCAUGCUCAUGAGGCUCAGGAGACUCUUUUCAAUGAUUGUGGCUUCAUGGACCCUUUCAACUCUCUGGCUGCUAAUCAACCAAUCAUGGACAUGCUCAUGUAUUGAAUGACUCAUUCAUUCUUCAAAUUGAAUCAUCUGUUAAGAGAUGUGUGUGUUUUUUUACUUUUCUUUUCCUUUUCUUUAGGUGAUGCUUUCUAGUAUUUGUUUCUUGUUUUUCUUGUAAUGUUAAUCAUUAGUAUCAGUUAUUUCAUUUGUUGUAUCAGACAAUAUUGAUUAAGGGCUUUGUAUAUUUUGAGAAGGGGAGUUUUCUUCUCUUCUCUUUCUA